AUGGACGAGCGCAAGCCGCCACGCGACGAUGGCGUCACCGGCGACAACGACAACGCGCCCAACGGCGGCGGCGACGCAGAGCUGCAGCUGCGGCGCUCCGCGACGAGCAGCAGCACCGCGCCCGCCCGCUCGCUGUACAGGAUCCGGUCGCAGAACGGCUACGGCGUGUCGGACGAGCCCAGCGGCGAAAGUGAUGGCGAUGGCGGCGCAGCAGCAGCACCAGCCCCUGGACCUGGAGCAGAUGGCCGGGGCGCCAGCAGCGAAAAGGACCCCUUCGAGGUCGGCUGGGAGAACGGCGACAGCGAUCCCCUCUGCCCGCGCAGCUUCAGCAAAGCUCGGAAGUGGCUGAUUGUCUUUAUCGUCUCGCACGUCAGCCUAUGCGUCACCUGCGCCAGCUCCAUCUACACGUCCACCUACGCCAAGAUGGAGGCCGAGUUCGGCAACUCGCGCAUCGUCUCCGUGCUGGGCCUCUCGACCUUUGUGCUGGGCAUCAGCUUCGGCCCCAUGUUCCUCAGCCCGCUGAGCGAGUUCUACGGCCGCCGCCCCAUCUACCUCGUCGCCUGGACCACCUACCUCGUCUGGCUCGUGCCCCAGGCCGUCGCCCGCAACGUCGCCGUCGUCCUCGUCUUCCGCUUCUUCGACGGCUUCUCGGGCAGCGCCUUCCUCGCCGUCUCGGGCGGCACCGUAGGCGACCUCUUUGCGCGCCAUGAGCUCCAGGCGCCCAUGGCCCUCUUUUCCGUCUCGCCCUUCAUCGGACCCAGCCUCGGGCCCCUGCUCGGCGGCUUCAUCAACUACAACGUCGAUUGGCGCUGGACUUACUAUGUGCUCCUCAUCUGGUCGUUUGCCCUCUGGUUGGCCAUUGUCUUUCUCGUCCCCGAGACAUACCACCCCAUCCUGCUCAGGAACAAGGCACGCGCACUCCGGAAGCAGACCGGCGACAGCAGGUGGACCGCCCCGUCGGAGCGUGUCAAGAAGUCCAUGGCCCGCGCCAUCGGCCGCUCGCUGCUGCGGCCCUUCCAGCUCCUCCUCUUCGAGCCCAUGUGUCUCAACCUCUGCCUCUUCUCGGCAAUCCUGCUCGGCAUUCUCUAUCUCUUCUUCGGCGCCUUUCCUCUCGUCUUCGGCAACAACCACGGCUUCAACGUCUGGCAGACGGGCCUGGCCUUUCUUGGCAUCAUGGUCUCCAUGCUGCUGGGCGUCGCGACCGAUCCCUUGUGGCACCGCAUCCGCGCCCGCCUCAUUCGCAAGUACGAGCGCGAGACCGGAGUCAGCGGCGCCAGCGAGCCAGAGUUUCGCCUCCCGCCCGCCAUCCUGGGCUCCCUGCUGGCCCCCGCCGGCCUCUUCAUGUUUGGCUGGUCGACCUAUCCGUGGGUGCACUGGAUCGUCCCCAUCAUUGGGUCUGCCAUCUUUGGAAUGGGGAACGUGCUCUUGUUCACGGGCAUCUUUACCUUUUUGGUCGACGCCUAUCCUUUGUAUGCAGCAAGCGCACUCGCUGCCAACGCAUUCGUGCGUUGUCUCUUUGCCGCGGCGUUUCCUCUGUUUGGGGACCAGAUGUAUAAGAAGCUGGGCUACCAGUGGGCAUCGUCUUUGCUGGCAUUUCUCACCGUGGCCAUGCUUCCCUUCCCGUACAUCUUCUUCCGGUACGGCAAGCAGAUUCGACGCAAGAGCCGCUUCGCCAAGGGCUAG